GCCUUGUACAUGUCAUCUACAAACAUUCAUACACAAACAAUCAAGUGUAUGUUGCCAUGGUAACAAUUUAUUCCCAAACAUUUAGUGAUAACCCGAAAAAUCGUAAAAUAUAAGUGCAAUGGACGAGCAAGAUUACAAAAAUAUCAUCAUCUAUUAUGGGCGAGAAAAACUAUAUCGUACAAUGCAUCGCAUUGUCCUUGAGGCUAUGGCAAAGUUCACUUCAGAUAACAGUUUCAGAUACUAUAACGGAGUUGCGUUGAUAUUAGAAGGAGUGAGAUUGCAGGAAGGUAUUCGCGAAUUGGACCAUUUGCAAGGAGAUAAAGAAUUUGGUAUGGCUGUAAUUUUGACCCUUUUGUUUGCACACAAGCGGUGCAGCGUUGUUGAUAAAGAGGAAUUACUAAGUCUAGAUAGCAGACUGAAAGAAGAAAGGAAGAAAUUAUCUGCCUCUUCAGCAUACUACUCGUCUUUAUUCCUAUUCUUGACUGGAAAAUACGAAAAAGCCCGCGAGUAUGUGGAUAAAUCACAACGUAUGAAUCCCAACAAUCCAGAAGUAAUGACCCUAAAGGCAUGGUGUGAAUUAAAUCUGAAUAAAAACAGAUCCACAUUUGUACUCGGAUUGUUUAGUAAGGCACUUGAACAUGGUAAGCAGUUAGAUGCUGAUAUUGGGCGAGUAAGGUACCACCAACUAAAUAACGAUUAUGAAACAGCGAUAACAAUAUUAAACCAAUUAUCCGUGCGAUAUCCUGACCUAAACAUACCUUUAGUAGAAAAGAUGAAAUGUCAUCUUUCCAAUUGGAAUUGGGAUAGCUCCAUAGAAAUCGCAAUGAGAAUUCUUAAUCUAGAGCCGAUGAAUUUGGAAGCACUUCUAAUCAAAAUAUUGAUACUCGUAGUGAAGGACGGAAAUUACACGAACAGCGUAAGUGCGUUGCAGUAUCUUUUUAGAGCGAUGGAAAAAAUUGAACCAACCAAUGGUGAGCUAUUCAUGCGAACAGGCCAGGUUUUUUCUAGGAUCUGUGGCAGACAUAAUUCAAUAUUGACGGAGACGUAUCAGUUCGUGGAGAAAGCAUACAAAUUGAAUCCAAAUAAUGCAGAGUUCAUUACAGAAUUAGGAUAUCAAACAGCUAUGCAGCAGAAAUUUAAAGAAGCCUCUAAAUUGUUCAAAACGGCAUCAAAAAUAGAUGAUAGUUCUGUACAUGCUCUAUGCGGAUUAACUUUAUGUCAAAUGAGUGAAUCAGGGAUAACAGAACAAGUCUCUCAACAAAUUGAGUUUCUCACCGAAAUUCAAGGUGACGAAAAAAUAGCAAUAUUACUGAUGAUGUCUGCUAAACUACAUCACGCGGAUCAUGACAAGGCCAUGAAACUAUUAAUUGAAGCAAGUGAGAUCCAAUUCAAGAACUUGAGUACUCUCUCAUAUGGCGUUGAAUAUUUAAGACAACUCAAUCCUGAUUUUUUGUUAGAGCUAGUUAAAGGGUUGAUUAAACUUUCUCCAACAGAACACAGUUCUGAUUUUACGUCAAUUAGUUCGCUGCAUCCAUCACUUACACAUAGUUUGAACUUACUUGAUUCUAUUGUUAAAGCAUGCCCAGGUUUAGUAGAAGCUUUUUAUUUACAAGCAAAAGUUCAGUUUCGAAGUUCUGACGUUGGAAAUGCAGCAAUAACUCUUCAGAAAAUUUUACAUGAAAUCGAUCCAACUUAUGCUGACGCUCACCUUUUAAUUGCUCAAAUUCAUAUUCAACAGAAAUUGUAUCAAAGAGCGGCACAGAGUUUGGAAAUAUGUCUGAGUCAUGACUUUAAGGUGAGAGAGUAUCCAAUGUAUCACUUGUUGCAAGGAAUUGUGUAUAAGAAUCAACAACGUCAUGAGGAUGCAUUGAAAUGUUUUUUCACUGCCAUGAAUAUAUGUGGUAUAAAUUCAAAUGGAAGUAUCAGCAAGAAAAUAUAUGAGAAUACUCUCAGUAUAUCUGAUUUAUUGACGCUUUAUUUAGAAGUUAUCAAUACACAUGUUUUGAUGAACCAAAAUACUGAAGCCAUAAAGCUCAUGCAGCUAGUAUCAUCUGAAUUUAGCUCAACGUCAGAAGAAGGAAGAUUAACUAUAGCAACUGCUGACUUUUACAUACAACAAGGCAAUUUUAGUAAAGCAAUCGAACUUUUCAAAAACAUUCAACCAAACCAACCGUACUUUGUACAGGCAAAAACAAGGAUGGCUCAUUUUUAUCUAACUCAUAAGAAGGACCGCCUAGCCUAUGCGCAGUGUUUCAAAGAACUCGUGUCUAAAUGUCCUAGUUCAUCGAGUUAUUUGCUACUCGGAGAUGCAUACAUGUCCAUACAGGAACCAGAAGAUGCAAUUGAUGCAUACAAACAAGCACAUCGUCAAAAUCCAAAAGAUGCUCUGUUAGCCAGUAAGCUGGGAAGAGCGUAUGUUAAAACACAUCAAUACAAAAAAGCAAUUUCUUUUUAUCAAGAAGCAAUAACAAAUCCCGAAAACAGUUUGCUCAAGCUAGAUUUAGGCGAACUUUUUCUGAAAUUGAAACAAUAUUCUAAUGCCGAGCAAGCUUUAGUUGAUGAGAUCGAAUUAUCAAAAAGUGAAAAUGAAGAUAUAGUCGGACUUCAAACGAGGACAAAGCAGCUAUUACUUCUGGCAAGAAUACGAGAGAAAGCAGGACAAUUGAAUUCAUCUUUAAACACACUUAAAGAAGCUAGAGAUAACCAGUACAAAAUACAAAAACGUCUAUUGAUAGAACAGAAUGCUGUACACCAUGAACAAAAUAAAGUAUUAGCAAAAAUUUGUAUUCUUAUGGCGAAACAAUCCAUUGCAAUCAGAGAUAAUGAGCAGGCAAUCCACCAUUAUAAAGAAGCUAUUAAAAUAACCCCCAAGGAGACGAGUUUGCUUGCUGCUCUGGCACGCACUUAUAUGCAGGUGAACAAUAUGGAUCAGUGUCAGGCAACAUGUGCUUUAAUUCUCCAAAUCGACCAGAAUAAUGAAGCAGCUUCUGUGAUGAUGGCAGAUUUAUCAUUUCGAAGAAUGGACUUCGAAAAUGCAGCUUAUCAUUUCUCUCAACUUCUAAUAUCACAACCAAUUUAUUGGACAGCAUUGGCUAGGUUGAUCGAAGUUAUGCGGCGCUCUGGUACUUUACAUGAUGUCGGACCAUUCAUCAUUCGAGCUGAAGAAGACUGUCUUCGUCCAGAAAAUGAAGCAGGUCUAAAUUAUUGCAAAGGUCUCAAGGAAUGGUAUAACGGCAAUCCGAACAGCGCUCUGAGAUAUUUCAACAAUUGCCGCAGGGAUCGUGAAUGGGGUCAACAGGCAAUUUAUAACAUGAUAGAGAUAUGUUUGAAUCCCGAUGGUGAUUUACCAAACGAAGGUGUGAUUGAUAUUGGUGCAGAUGAUUUGGAAAUAAAAGAUUCACGGACAAUGGCCCUUCGAACGGCUGAGCGAUUACUCAAAGAGCUGAAACCACGACCCGGUGUUAUCGAUAAUGAAGCAUUGAAUCAUCGACUUCUGGAAGAUUUUCAUUUACUUGCAUCUAGACAAAAACAUAGCAUUGAUCGUGCAUUGCAAGAUUUUACCUCUAUUGCUUCUCAGGAAGAAUAUAAGGAACAUGUAGGAGCUGUAUAUGGCAUGGCGUCAGCAUAUGUUAUUCUGAAGCAAACCCAACGCGCAAAGAAUCAAUUGAAAAGAGUUGCGAAAAAUAAUUGGACUUUUGAAGAAGCUGACUAUUUGGAAAAAUGCUGGCUUUUAUUAGCAGAUUUAUACUUGCAAGCAAAUAAAUUCGAAAUGUCAGCUGAUCUACUGAAACGAGUAUUAGAACAUAACAAAUCAUGUACAAAAGCAUAUGAGUUACUAGGAUUGCUUGCAGAAAAGGAACAAAAUUAUCGUACUGCAGCGAUGUAUUAUGAUUCUGCAUGGAAGUGUAGUGCUAAGUCAAAGCCUAGUGUAGGUUACAAGUUAGCAUUCAAUUUUAUGAAAGUUAAACGAUACGCUGAUGCUAUUGAUAUUUGUCAACAAGUUUUGAAACUACAUCCAGAUUACCCAGCUAUUAAGAAAGAUAUUCUUGAUAAAUGCAGAAAUAACUUAAAAAGUUAAACAGACAAUAAAUAAACCAAUUACCUAUUUAUGUUUAUAUUUUAUUCAUUGAUGGUAUUGUAGCCCGAUCAGGUUGCAGCCGAGGGAACCUGAUAAAUGUUUUAUACAUUUUAUUUGUUAUUUUUAUUGUGGCUUAGACAUAUAUUAACGCAUUUAGGACGUUAAAGUAUUUUGUUUUAAAUUUUACUACAUUUUUUCUAAACUUGACAACUAUAGGUCCAGAUACAUUACUCUACUAGCUGAGAUCGCUCCAAAGAAACUGAGGAAAGCUGCUACUCCAACAACUGCAGUCGUUGUACCACU